CUGAUACCUUGGACAAAGUGAAAACCAAUCAUAUCAGUUUUAACGGGACAAAAACUGAACAUGUCAAUAGAAACAGAAAGGAAUAAAAGAUUUGGCACAGUACUAGUUUCCCCCUGGAAGAACUCAAAGGUGGGUUAGGAUUGUUUUUUAUAGAAGUGUAACAUGGGCUUGCAUGAUGAGUCAUUAAGGAGCUUACAUACAUUGGACCAGAUUAGAUUUGUCUCUCCUAAUCUGAGAGAUUAUCAGCACAAGAACCUGUUGACCAGAAUUGCUCCACGGCGCCACACGUUUCUUUUCAUUGCUAAUUAUUAUUUUUAAAAUCCAUCACUUCCAUUUCCCCAAGAGAUGUAAUCUUGGGGUGUGAGAGGGAGGGAGAGACCAGCAGAGAGAGGGCAAAGAGACAGAGAAACAGAUACAGAAAGGAAAAGCAAGUUGUUCAGUGCAGACAUCAAAGUGUGCCUGUGGGUUUCAGUAGUAAGGAUUCUGCAGCAGUGCUCCUCCAAGCAGGGGGCUCUGUGCUGUAGGCAGAAGGGUUUUGCAUCAUCUUGAACUGGUGAUGAGCUGGGCUGUAAUUGAAUUACAGACCCAUGUGGGUGCAAGCUUUAGAGAACUCCACCGUCUGACAGUUGUAAAAAGCCUGGAGAUUCAGCUCCAGGGUGGGCAGAAAAAGAGCUUUUUCUCACUUAUACACCAGAUCACACCUCCAAUUCCUCCUGCUUGUGGAGAGAACCAGUGCUUGAGAGACUGCUGGAAGACUACUGAGAAACCUCUUGGAGACCACUGGGCUUCCUGUGGGGCAGCAGCUGGGAAUGCCAGUGGAGAAAGAGGUGUAACCAUGGAGAUGACCAAGGCUAUACCAGACCCUAUUGCUGUUGAGGGGAUGACCCCAAAGUCCUGGACAGAACAGGAGAAAUUCCCAGCAGAGGAGAAAAAAGAUGAGAGUCAUGAACAACCUACUGCUGAAGGUGACAGCCCCAAUUUUGUGGCCUCAGCCGCCGAUGCCUGGCUGGAGGAGAACAGUAGGACUUUGAGGAAGACAGCCAGUUUUGGGAAGAGGGUGCACUUUCGGAUACCCUUGGGUGGAGAGGAGACAGAGCUGGAGAAAAGUGAGGGAUUAGAGGAGUGCCUCUUCCCAGAGUAUGACUCAGAUGAGUUGGCCUCCUCCUGUUUUGAGGAGCUAUUUCUGGCAGAGGACUGGGUGGACAUCACAGAGGACAGGCUAUUGCGUAAGAAGGUUCUGGAGCCAGGUUCUGAGCAUGCUCUCCGGCCUGUAUGGGAUCAGGAGGUGACAGUGCAGUUGCAGGGGGUACUGGAAGACAGGACUGUGGUGGAGAAGGAUACCAAGCUCACCUUUAUCAUUGGCGAGGGUGACGUUAACCAGGCCCUGGAAGAGUGUGUGCUAUCCAUGGAGCUGAAAGAGAUCAGCUUGCUGCUGGCAGAUUCACACUACACAUACGGACUUCUGGGAAGGGACCCGGACAUUCCAGCCUGCAGCCCCCUGCUGUACCAGCUCCAGCUCCUGGACAUCAGGGAAAAGCCAGACCCCCUGGACCUGCUCAUCUCUGACCGGAUCCGAAUUGGCAACCAGAAACGGGAGCGGGGGAACUUCUUCUUCCAGAGGGAGGAGUUUGUCAUGGCAGCACAGUCCUACUGCAUGGCCUUGCAUGUCCUGACCACACAGACCAGAGCUGGAGAGAGCACCAGGGUGGCAGAACAUGAGGAGGUGCAGGAGUGCAGGGUGAAGUGUCUAAACAACCUUGCAGCGACUCAGAUGAAGCUGGAGCACGUUGACGAGGCAUUGCUGACCUGCCAGGAUGUCCUCUUCCUGGACCCCCUCAAUGUCAAAGCUCUCUUCCGGAAAGGAAAGCUGCUGUCUGAUAAGGGGGAGUACCAGGAGGCCAUGGAGACACUGAAGAAGGCCCUCAGACUGGAACCUUCUACCAAGGAGAACCCUGAUGCAACCAUGGAAGAGACAGGAGGAGAGGCAGGUGAAGCUGCAGGGUGUGAGGUGAGGUUUUAAAAUUGAUUCAUGAUUGUAAUGGAUUAAACCCAGAAAGGAGAACAGGCAAGGAUGGAGGCUGAGUUGCUCCCUGUUCAGUGCCAGUUUCUCAGAUCAAUAAACAGAAAUAAUACAAUAUGCUUAGUUUCUCAUAAGCAUCUUGAGUCCCCUUCAGAAUUGUUUUCAAGCAGCUAUUCAGCUCUGUGACUUUAGUGGCAGGGAUCCAUCUCUCUGACUUCCAACCGACUAAAUGUGAACAUGCAUACAUUUAUUGCUGAUGGACUCAUUGGUGCCCGCUGCACUCAUCAGCUGCACCAGGACACCCCACUACCAUCCUGCACAUCACAUGCUGGAAUGCUUCUCCACAGUGAUGAAUAAGUGGAUUUUCAUGCCUUAGUUUUAAAAUGGACUACCUUGAUGUUCAGGAGCUUUACCUUAGUGUAACAGGGUCAAUUGUACAGCAGUAAUAUGUCAAAUGUACAUAAUUAUAAUUACUCAAAAUUUGUAAAUAGUUACCUGAUGUUAAGCCUCCAGAGUCAACAUGUGGAACCAUUGAGACUCGGUUUCUAUGUUCCUACGUGCACUUCCGGGGAUUCCCCCUAUAAAUGAGGUCUUCCGCCUCUACCUCUCCCUUUUCAAUUAUUGUACUACAUGGGAGAGGUAAGCAACAUAAUGGUCUCUUUAUUAAAUGAUAUGUAUAAGGUCACGUGUUAGCUAAACGCACUGUGUAGUAUGCUAAUAUUUUUCCUGUGUUAUCUCAUUUGUGUAGGAGCUCAAACUAAUGUGCAUGAUUGACCGGAGGAAUCCGUUAUUUUAUAUUUGUAACAGGUAUGUUUCUGUUUUCUAUGGCUCUUUGUUAUACGGCCCACACGCCUUUUCUUUCUUUCGCCUCCCUUCUCCCUUUUCAAUUAUAGUACUACAUGGGAGAGGAGCUCAAACUAAUGGGCAUGAUUGACCGGAGGAAUCCGUUAUUUUAUAUUUGUAACAGAAUAAACAGAGAUCCAAAGAUAUUCUGGUCUGGCCUUCAUUUUAUUCGAAACACAACACAGACAAGCUAGCCACCAACGCUUACCUUAGACAUGCAUCAGUGCAGCCAUAUUAUAUUUUUAGGAGCAGGAAGGCAGCAGCAGUAUGGAGACAGGAGGAGAGGAAGAUACAGGGCCUGAGAUGAGGUCUUAAAAAGGCUUAGUGCUUAGUAAUAACAUGUUUUCUUCUGCUGUAAACACAGAGAUGUCAGUGUAUGAUCAUUUGUGCGUCUGCAAAUCAGUGGUUUGAAAUCUUAAAAAUUAAAGGUUCAGUCUGUGACAAAACCUUAUUAAAUAUGUAGCCUUUAAUGGUUAAGUCCAGUACUGAUACUGUACAUUAUUUUUAGAGUAACUGUUUACGGUGUUCUCUGAAAAGCUAGAGUGUUGUAAACACAUUAACGUCACACAGGAACAUCAAAUGGUUGAGACAGGCAGACAAAGACAGGGAGAGAGAGAAGCAGACCAACAGGUAAGAGAGAUUGAAAAGUAUUAGCCUGUAUUGGCCUUUGUGAGCUUGACGUACAUCAGAGCAGAGAUUUCGCAAACAUUUUGGUAUUGCUUGCUUGUAGUGUAGUCGCAUGGCUUUGAGUGAGAUUGUGACUUUUUCGCUUUAGGGGGUUCAGAGCAUGCAUGAGCGAAGCAGAAGCAGAAACAGGAACAGAGAGUUGAGUGACAGUGAAGAUUCAAGUCAGAGGACAGAGCCACACCCAAAAUUCAUACAGACUCAAAUGCUGUCUCACAGUUUUAAGUUUCCAAGAGAGGUGGUACAAAGAAUUUCCCUGGCGGCAUUACAAUGCAUUUCAAAAAGGGUUUUUGUGUUUUUAUUGCAAGAAAGUGUAUCAAGAAAAACCCACACCCUUUGCAGCAAAAGCAGAGCCUGCUUUUAUCACUACAGGAUUUAGAAAUUGGAAAAGAGCGAUCGAAAAAUUUAAAGCACACGGAAGUAGUCAUAUGCACUGUCAUGCUGUCUCUGUGACUGCACAAGAAAAUCACCGUGUAGAUGCACAAUUGUCCAGUGCUUUGGCAAUCCAACAAGCAGACAAUAGGCACUGUCUUGGGAAAAUAGUCCGUUCAAUCAAAUAUUUAGCACGACAGGGACAGGCCUUGAGAGGGCAUGAGGGUGAAAAUAGUAAUUUGUAUCAGCUCUUGAAAGACAAGGAUGAUGUCCUUUUAGCCAAAUGGUUGCAGAGGCCCCAGAAAGAAUACAUUAGCCCACAGAUCCAGAAUGAAAUUCUGUCCACAAUGAGCAACAGUAUUGUUCGUGGAAUAGCUGACACAAUCAGGCAUCUACCCAUUCUCCAGUAUGCAAUCAUCAUUGAUGGAACACAAGACAUUUCUGGGCAAGAACAAGAAAGCAUUUGCCUGCGUUAUAUUGACAAUGAACUGAUGCCCAUGAAGAAUUCAUUGGUUUGUACUGUGUCUCUGAAACAACAGGAAAAGGCCUUGCUAGAGUUGCUAAGGAUGUGCUGCUGAGAUUAAAUUUACCAAUCCAUGGUUUGCAAGGUCAAACUUAUGAUGGGGCUGCUAAUAUGUCCAGGAAGCAUUCUGGGGCACAGGCACUGAUAAAACAAGAGCAGCCACUAGCCCUCUAUGUUCACUGUGGAGCCCACUGUACUAAUUUGAUCACACAGAUAUAAUGGUGGGGGGGGUAUCGGAGAACCAGAAGCGACUAAUACAGGGGAACGAAAAGCUAACGCUACAGGAAGCGUUAACCACAAAGUCCCGAAGAACAAAGGAAAGGGAACACCAGAAACUAAAACACAAAAAUAAGAUCCUUGGGAGAGCAACUCCCGCACACACAGGAUCAUAAACCAAAAGAAAACACGGAGUAAAAAAACGACUCCGAAGGACAACCUUGUCCAGCCGUAAAACUGGCUCGCGAAACCAAAAACUACCUGUGAAAACCAGGGCGAAAAAGAAAGGGACCAGUGGUACAGAGGCGAAGCUCUGGUACCAAACCCAAAACUGGUCUUAAAAAAAUAAAGACAACUGAGCAGCAAAAUUACUCAGCGAAAAGAAAAAACCUGAGACGCAGCUCAGAAAGACACAAACAAAAUACAAUA